GUGUAUUACUCCCUGAACUACACGGUUCCUUAUUAAAUCGACUAAGAGAACCAUCUUUAAAUAAAUUAGCAAAUUCUAUUCGUGAGCAUCUUAAAGCGAUAGAAGAACAGAUAUCCGGACUUCAGAAACAACUUGCUAAAGUUAUUGAAUCUUUUUCCCUAGUUCAAGAAAGCGCAAACUAUGCGCGCAAGUAUCUUAUUGGUGGUGAGCGUGAAGCUGAAGAGGCCUUGAAAAAACACUGGACAGGGAUCAUCAUUGAUCCUAUACUACGAAAGCGAGUAGAGUCAGAACUUAAAGAAGUGCGAUUUAUUAUAAAAGUAUUGCAAAAUAUGGAUCGGAAUCUUAUCAACUUUAAUGAAUUUUUACAUAAGUAUCGUCGUGAGUUAGGAGAUAUUUCAAGUAAUGUUCAGGCAGUUCGAAAAAUACCAACUAAUGAAGAUAUAAAAUAUUUAGAAAAUGCGGUCGUUACUCUUAAAAAGCAUCACGCAAAAUUCUCUUCUGCAGAGGAACAAUUAGAAUUUAAGCCAAUAGAUUCUUCUUAUUUUGAUAUAAAUAAUCCUCGAAACAUAGAAUGUACUGAAUUUACAGCAAUGAUUGAUAAGCCUAAUAAUGCGUAUUUGAAAAGAAUAAGAAUUUGGUCAUCGGAUAUGAUCAAUGCCAUUGGAUUCUUUUAUUCUGAUGAUACAUAUGACAUAUACGGUGCACCAGGUGAUGAUGAUCCUUAUGAUUUUGAUUGGCAUAAAGGUGAAAAAAUUAAACAUAUCCUUGUGCGAAUUGAAGCUGUAUUGUAUGCAAUCCAAUUUCAUACUGAUCGAGGUCGUGUUUCUGAAUGGAGUGGUAGUGACAAAGGGAAGCCAUUUCUUGUAUAUAGUCAUCUACCAUCUAUUGGAAUUCAUGGUAGUUUUUCUCGUCAAAUAUGUAGUAUUGGCAUUACUGCAUUAUUUUAG